CCCCGGCAGCCACGCGCCGCCGGCCGCGAGCUGCCGGCGCGGCCGUUACGGGAGCGGAGCCGGCGCUGAGGGGGCCCCAUGGCCGCGUCGCUGGGGCCGCUGGUGGGAGCCAUCGAUCAGGGCACCAGCUCCACCCGCUUCCUGGUUUUUAAUGCAGAAACAGCAGAGCUCUUGAGUCACCAUCAAGUGGAAAUAAAGCAAGAAUUCCCUAGAGAAGGAUGGGUGGAACAAGAUCCAAAGGAAAUAUUAAACUCUGUAUAUGAAUGUGUGGAAAAGACCUGUGAGAAAAUGAAUGAACUGAACAUAAACAUCGCUAACAUAAGAGCCAUUGGAGUCACCAAUCAGAGAGAAACAACAGUGGUUUGGGACAAGACAACUGGAGAACCUCUUUAUAAUGCUAUUGUGUGGCUUGACCUGAGAACCCAGUCAACAGUUGAACGUCUUCUUAAAAGAAUUCCAGGAAAAAACAAAACUUUUUCUAAGUUUAAGACUGGUCUUCCACUUAGCACUUAUUUCAGUGCAGUGAAACUUCGGUGGCUUUUGGAUAAUGUGGAAGAGAUUAAGAAAGCAGUUGAGGAUGGAAGAGCUUUGUUUGGGACUAUUGAUUCAUGGCUUAUAUGGAGUUUGACAGGUGGAAAGAAUGGAGGCAUUCACUGUACAGAUGUCACCAAUGCCAGUAGAACGAUGUUGUUCAACAUUCAUUCCUUGGAAUGGGAUCCUGACCUCUGCAAAUUCUUUGAUAUUCCUAUGGAAAUACUUCCAACUGUACGAAGCUCCUCUGAGAUUUAUGGCGUGAUGGACUCUGGAGCUUUGACAGGUGUACCAAUUUCUGGGUGCUUGGGUGACCAGCAUGCUGCUCUUGUUGGACAAAUGUGUUUUCAAGAUGGACAAGCAAAAAACACGUACGGAACAGGUUGUUUCUUGCUGUGCAACACAGGUCAGAAGUCUGUGUUUUCUGAGCAUGGUCUUAUAACCACAAUAGCUUACAAAAUGGGCAGAGACAAACCUGCUUUUUAUGCACUAGAGGGAUCUGUUGCAAUAGCUGGGGCUGUUGUUCGCUGGCUGAGGGACAAUCUGGGCAUUGCUAAGAGUUCAGAGGAAGUUGAAAAAUUGGCUGAAGAUGUGGGAACUUCCUAUGGCUGCUACUUUGUGCCAGCAUUUUCAGGACUGUAUGCACCAUACUGGGAACCCAGUGCAAGGGGUAUCAUCUGUGGCCUUACUCAGUUUACAAAUAAAAACCACAUCGCCUUUGCUGCACUAGAAGCAGUCUGCUUUCAAACACGAGAGAUUCUAGAUGCCAUGAACAAGGACUGUGGGAUUCCACUAAGUCAGUUACAAGUAGAUGGAGGAAUGACCAAUAACAAAAUCCUCAUGCAACUCCAAUCAGACAUUCUCUGUAUUCCAGUAGUAAAGCCAUCAAUGACUGAAACAACAGCUUUAGGAGCUGCUAUGGCAGCAGGAGCUGCAGAAGGUAUUGAAGUUUGGAGUCUGAAUCCUGGAGAUUUGACAGCAGUGACAUGUGAACGAUUUGAACCACAGAUAAACCCAGAGGAAAGUGAAUAUCGCUAUGCCAGGUGGAAGAAAGCUGUAAUGAAGUCUAUGGGAUGGGAGACAUCUGGCGGUCCUUCAAAUGGUCUUCAGGAGCACGCUGAGAACUGAGACUGCAGCAGCUCUAGCUUCCCGAUCUCCUGGCACACUCCCUAGGUCUUGAGCAACUAGAAAACAGACAGGAUGGCACUGGCCAUCAGUUGUCACUGUCUAGAACAAGCAUUUUCCCUCCCACCACUACAGCCAGUUGCAGUUGUAUUCUGUUUGUUUUGGCAAUAGGAUGAGUUAGCAUGCUCAACAGCACCCACAGUUCCUUUCCUGCGUCAUAAACAGCUUCAUGAAUGGGGGGUAUAUGACUUCAGCUACUUGUUUUUGCUAAGCUUUCAGUCCUAUCCCCCCCUUCUGCAUAGAUUGUCUUGCAGGUAGAGCCAUUGCUAAAAAAAAUUGCCACAGAGCUUAUUGUUUGAUACAGAUUCAUGAACUCUUUGCCUUUAGCUUUUAUGAGCACAGAAAUCCCUUUGUUAUUACUACUCACUCUGCAACACCAGGAGUCAGCUGAGAGGAUACAUAAUACAAAUAUUAAUGGCCUUCCCUACAUGAUGUUUCAGUAUUAAAAUCACUUUCUUCCACAAACACUGAAGUCAGAUACUGCUUCAAUAUGAAGGAAGAUUACUUGAAAAACUAUGUAAACUGCUUCAAUCUCUAUCAGCUUAUAACUAGAAUCUAACUCCCAAGUCUUCUGUGGACAACAUUUUUGGGAAAUGAAUGUACCAUUGCAGCUCGCCAACCUUGAUUUCUCAAGGGCAAUUGAUUCUUCAGUUGUACAAUUCUGAACUGACUCUUCAGCAGAAGGAAGUGUUUUAACAAAACAAAUGCUUUUAGAGAUUUCACAGUAGAGAUACUGGAGGCAUCAGUUAUUUUCAA